UGUGUGUGUGUGUGUGGUGUGUGCGCCGGUAUAAUCUGACAGCACGCCGGGGCUGCGUUUCCUAAGAAAAGCUCAGCUCUCUCUCAGUUUUCUGCCCGUCUUAUUGCCGCUCUCAUUGUCUUUGUCGACAGUGAUAAAGAGAGCAGUUCAACCACGGGCCUGUUUUUGGAAUAAGAAAAGCAUUGCUGUUUUCUGACUUUGAGAGAAGAAAGAAGGGACUCCUCUGGAAUUUCCUAAGGAAUUUAUUCGGACAGCUCCGUUCCCGGGGCUUUGCAUUCUACCGCCUGGGUUCAUAAUGUGACCAACUAUUCCACACUAGGGAAAUUCUGAAGAGUUCACUUCUUUCAUCACUCUGGUCCGAGGCAGCAAUCGCAAUAGAUUAUUCCAAACAGGUGGGGGCAAAGGGGGCAUUAAUUUCAGUGGUGUGUCGGCGAGGUAAUACUACAGCAUCGGGCAGCAUGUUGGCACCUGCAUGAACCCGACAGAGAAGCCUCAUUUCUUGUUCUCUUUCCUGAGACGUCAACCACAGGAUGAGGCCUGCGGCAGGUCUCAGGAGAGAGAAUGUUCCAUGACUUUCACACCUUCGACCUCAAGCUCUUGAACUGGGACGGUUGCUUGAGUGCUGAAAGGCUGUGAAUACCCUGCAUCUGAGAAAUCAGACCAGACUGACUCACAGGGCUCUGUGAGCCAGCGCCACCGAGGCUGCCAAAGCAUGCUGGUGCCAAGCUGUCCCACCAUGCACAGAGCCAGACCCACGCUGCUGCUGCCGCUGCUGCUUGUCCUGGGUCUGUUCCUCCACCUCGCCGACGCUCAAACACCACCAAAGUUUUUAAGAACCCCCAAUGACCAAACAGGCGUGCAAGGAGGGGUGGCAUCCUUCAUCUGCCAAGCUACAGGAGAUCCACGGCCGAAGAUUGUGUGGAACAAGAAGGGGAAGAAAGUCAGCAACCAGAGAUUUGAGGUGAUUGAGUUCGACGACGGCUCUGGUUCAGUGCUAAGAAUUCAGCCAUUGCGCACGCCCCGAGAUGAAGCCAUAUAUGAAUGCGUCGCCUCCAACAGUGUUGGAGAGACGAGCGCUACCACCAGACUCACUGUUUUACGUGAGGACCAGCUGCCCCCUGGUUUCCCCACCAUAGACAUGGGCCCACAGUUGAAAGUGGUGGAGCGAACGCGCACUGCCACAAUGCUCUGUGCCGCCAGUGGCAACCCUGACCCUGACAUCUCCUGGUUCAAAGACUUCCUCCCUGUCAACACCACCAACAACAAUGGGCGCAUUAAACAGCUCAGAUCAGAAUCCUUUGGUGGUACACCAAUAAGAGGAGCCCUCCAGAUAGAGCACAGCGAAGAGUCUGACCAGGGGAAGUAUGAAUGUGUGGCAACCAACAACGAUGGAACCCGCUACUCUGCCCCCGCAAAUCUAUACGUCAGAGAGCUGCGAGAAGUACGACGGGUGCCACCACGAUUCUCCAUUCCACCUACAGACAAUGAGAUCAUGCCAGGCGGCAGUGUCAAUAUCACAUGUGUGGCAGUGGGCUCUCCCAUGCCAUAUGUCAAGUGGAUGCUGGGGGCUGAAGACCUUACGCCAGAGGACGACAUGCCCAUCGGACGGAACGUCUUGGAGCUAACAGACGUCCGGCAGUCAGCCAACUACACCUGUGUGGCCAUGUCAACCCUGGGAGUGAUAGAGGCUGUGGCACAGAUAACGGUGAAAGCAUUGCCCAAGUCUCCUGGCAUUCCUGUGGUGACAGAGCGCACAGCCACCAGCAUAACACUGACUUGGGACUCUGGAAAUCCUGAGCCAGUCUCCUACUACAUCAUCCAACACAAGUCCAAGUACUCAGAGGACUCGUACAAGGAGAUCGACGGCGUAGCCACUACUCGGUACAGCGUUGGAGGCCUUAGCCCGUACUCGGACUACGAGUUUCGGGUGGUGGCGGUGAACAACAUUGGGCGAGGGCCGCCCAGCGAGAGCAUCGAGGCCAAAACGGCUGAGCAGGCACCCAGCACGGCACCAAGGCAGGUCAGAGGUCACAUGCUGAGCACCACCACAGCCGUCAUCCACUGGGAUGAACCAGAGGAGGCUAACGGUCAGAUCAUGGGCUACAGAGUUUAUUACACCAUGGAUUCUACCCAGCACGUCAACCUCUGGGAGAAGCAGAUUGUUCGGGGGUCUAACUUUGUCACCAUCCAGGGCCUCAUCCCCAAUAAGACCUACUACAUCAAGGUUUUGGCCUAUACCUCAGUAGGUGAUGGACCUCUUUCUCCAGACCUUCAAAUCAUCGCUAAGACGGGAGUUCCCUCCCAACCGACUGACUUCAAAGGAGAAGCCAAAUCUGAAACAAGUAUUUUACUUUCAUGGAUCGCCCCAGCACAGACCGGACAGGAAAAUCAGAUCACAGGAUAUGAACUUAUGUACAAGAAGCGGGAUGACAAAGAGGAGAAACGUAUCAGCUUUGAGCCGACAACAACAUACCUGCUGAAGGACUUGAAGCCCUUCACUACUUAUACUUUCCGGCUGGCUGCCCGUAGUAAACAUGGAGUUGGAGCUUACACCAAUGAGAUAUCUGCAGAAACUCCACAGACACAUCCCUCAGGCCCACCUCAGGAAGUAAGGUGCUAUAGCUCCAGCUCCACCAACAUCCUGGUAAGUUGGCGGCCACCCCCAGUGGAAUUACAAAAUGGGAUCAUAACGCAAUACAGCAUCCAAUAUGCUGCAACUGAAGGGGAGGACACUACUGCUCAUCAAAUCUCCAGCAUACCCCCGGAAAGCUCCCAGUACCUUUUGGAAAACUUGGAAAAAUGGACAGAGUACCAUGUGACGGUCACUGCUCAUACAGAUGUCGGGGCAGGACCGGAAAGCCUGCCACAGCUCAUCCGCACAGAGGAGGAUGUUCCUAGCGGGCCACCUCGUAAAGUUGAGGUGGAAGCUGUCAACUCCUCAUCAAUUAAAGUGAUCUGGCGUUCACCGAUGCCCACCAAGCAGCACGGUCAGAUCCGAGGGUACCAGGUGCACUAUGUCAGGAUGGUUAAUGGGGAGCCCACAGGACAGCCAGCCAUCAAGGACAUCCUGAUUGAUGAUGCCCAGUGGGGAUAUGAUGAUUCAACUGAACAUGAAAUGAUCAUCACAGAGCUGCAGGCUGAGACCACAUAUUCAGUUACUGUGGCAGCCUAUACGGCAAAGGGCGAUGGUGCCCGCAGCAAGCCCAAACUGAUCACCACCACUGGCGCAGUUCCUGAUAAACCUCGGCUUAUGGUCAGUACAACCAACAUGGGCACAGCUCUCCUCCAGUGGCAUCCCCCAGCAUUAACCCAUGGUCCCCUGCAAGGCUAUCGCCUCCGUUUUGGCCGCAAAGACGUGGAUCCUCUGACUGUCAUUGAGUUCCCUGAGCGAGAGAAUCACUACACUACCAAAGAGAUCCAUAAGGGAGCCUCAUACACUUUCCGCCUUUCAGCGCGCAACAAGGUUGGCUUUGGCGAAGAGACAGUCAAAGAAGUCACCACAAAUGAAGAUGUACCAAGUGGCUACCCUCAGAGCAUUACAGCAGAAGGUGCCACCACCUCUACCAUUCAGGUUAGCUGGCAACCUGUUUUGCUGGCAGAGCGAAAUGGCCAAAUAGUGAAAUAUGCUCUGCAGUAUAAGGACAUCAACAGCCCACGCAGUCCCUCAGAACUCUUCAUCACCGCACCAGAAUCAACAGUCAUCCUGGAUGGCCUUAAGGCAGAUACCACUUAUGAUAUUAAAAUGUGUGCCUUCACCAGCAAGGGCUCUGGUCCCUAUAGCCCAAGUGUCCAAUUCAGGACACAGCCUUUGGAUCAAGCAGUGUUUGCAAAAAAUUUCCACGUGAAAGCUGCCAUGAAGACAUCGGUGUUGCUGACCUGGGAAAUCCCUGACACCUACAACCCAGCUCAACCUUUCACUAUCCUCUACGAUAAUGGGCAGAGUGUGGAGGUGGAUGGGAAGCUAACACAGAAGCUAAUCACGGGUCUUCAACCUGAGACACAAUACUCCUUCCUCCUGACCAAUCGUGGCAACAGUGCUGGAGGUCUGCAGCAUCGUGUGUCCACCAUGACAGCCCCAGACGUCCUCCGCACCAAACCCUACCUGAUUGGCAAGACCAACUCAGACGGUAUGGUGACUGUGGAGUUACCAUCAGUGCAGACAUCUGAAAGAGUAAGGGGAUAUUACAUCGUGGUAGUACCUUUGAAGAAGCAGCGCACUGGCAAGUUUUUCAAACCUUGGGACAAUCCCGAUGAGAUGAAUUUGGAGGAGCUGCUGAAAGAGAUAAACCGAACAAGCAGAGGCCUCCGUUUCCGGAGGCAGGCAGAACCCAAAGCCUAUAUCGCUGCGUACUUCAAAGACCUGCCCAAAGAGUUCACCCUGGGAGAUGGCAAGAUCUACGGGGACUUUGAAAACAAGCAACUCCAGAAUGGCCAGGAGUACAUCUUCUUUGUGCUUGCUGUUCUGGAGAUGUCUGAAAACAUCAUGUACGCCACGAGCCCCUACUCCGACCCGGUUGUGUCAGCCGACAUCGACCCACAGCCGAUCAUCGAUGAGGAGGAAGGCCUCAUCUGGGUGGUUGGCCCUGUGCUAGCAGUUGUCUUCAUCAUAUGUAUCGUCAUUGCCAUCCUCCUCUACAAGAGCAAACCAGACAGAAAAAGAGCAGAAUCUGAAGCUAGGAAAGGCAGUCUCCCUAACAGCAAGGAAAUGCCGCUGCAUCAUCCCACUGACCCCGUGGAGCUUCGACGUCUCAACUUUCAAACGCCUGGUUCAGGUGCGUCCAGUCACCCCAGUAACCUCCAUUUGUCAAGUAUGGCUAGCCACCCUCCAAUCCCAAUUAUGGACCUGGCAGAUCAUCUUGAGCGCCUGAAAGCCAACGACAACCUCAAGUUUUCACAAGAAUAUGAAUCCAUCGACCCUGGUCAGCAGUUCACAUGGGAGCACUCGAACCUGGAGGUCAACAAACCAAAGAACAGAUAUGCCAACGUGAUUGCCUACGACCAUUCCAGAGUCUUGCUGUCUGCUAUUGACGGUAUCCCUGGAAGUGACUAUAUCAAUGCCAACUAUAUCGAUGGCUACAGGAAGCAGAAUGCCUACAUUGCCACCCAAGGAUCUCUGCCAGAGACAUUUGGUGAAUUCUGGAGGAUGAUCUGGGAGCAGAGGAGUGCCAUCAUCGUCAUGAUGACCAAACUAGAGGAGAGGUCCAGGGUGAAAUGUGACCAAUACUGGCCUACUAGAGGGACGGAGACGUACGGCCUCAUUCAAGUGACGCUGCUGGACACAGUAGAACUGGCCACAUACUGUGUCAGGACAUUUGCACUUUUUAAAAAUGGCUCCAGUGAGAAGAGAGAGGUGAGGCAGUUCCAGUUCACAGCCUGGCCAGACCACGGGGUGCCAGAGCACCCCACUCCGUUCCUGGCCUUCCUGAGACGGGUGAAAGCUUGCAAUCCUCCAGAUGCAGGGCCCAUGGUGGUACACUGCAGUGCUGGGGUGGGACGCACAGGUUGCUUCAUCGUGAUUGAUGCCAUGCUGGAACGUAUCAAGCACGAGAAGACUGUGGAUAUCUACGGGCAUGUGACGCUAAUGCGUGCCCAGCGCAACUACAUGGUGCAGACAGAGGACCAGUAUGUCUUCAUACAUGACGCGCUCCAGGAGGCCGUCAACUGCGGCACCACCGAAGUGCCCGCCAGAAACCUAUACGCCUACAUCCAGAAACUGACGCAGAUAGAGGGUGGAGAGAAUGUCACCGGCAUGGAACUUGAGUUCAAGCGUUUAGCUAACACUAAAGCCCAUACAUCACGAUUCAUCAGUGCCAAUCUCCCCUGCAACAAGUUCAAGAACCGCCUUGUUAACAUAAUGCCAUACGAGUCCACACGAGUGUGUCUUCAGCCCAUUCGAGGAGUUGAGGGCUCUGACUACAUCAAUGCCAGUUUCAUUGAUGGGUACAGGCAACAGAAAGCCUAUAUUGCCACACAGGGACCACUGGCAGAGACCACAGAGGACUUCUGGAGAAUGCUCUGGGAGCACAACUCUACUAUUGUCGUUAUGCUCACCAAGCUUAGAGAAAUGGGCAGGGAAAAAUGCCACCAGUACUGGCCAGCAGAGAGGUCGGCCAGAUACCAGUACUUUGUGGUGGACCCCAUGGCCGAGUAUAACAUGCCCCAGUAUAUCCUGAGAGAGUUCAAAGUGACUGAUGCCAGGGAUGGACAGUCACGGACAGUAAGGCAGUUUCAGUUCACAGACUGGCCUGAACAAGGAGUGCCAAAAUCAGGAGAGGGCUUCAUUGAUUUCAUUGGUCAAGUACAUAAAACAAAAGAGCAGUUCGGCCAAGAUGGGCCUAUCUCAGUCCACUGUAGCGCGGGUGUUGGUAGAACUGGAGUUUUCAUCACCCUCAGCAUUGUCUUGGAACGAAUGAGAUACGAGGGCGUAGUAGACAUAUUUCAGACAGUGAAAAUGUUACGGACACAGAGACCAGCUAUGGUGCAGACAGAGGAUCAAUACCAGUUCUGCUACAGAGCUGGCUUGGAGUACCUGGGAAGCUUUGAUCACUAUGCAACGUAAAAGACCCAGUAUUGGAAGAAAAAAGCAGAGGGCCCUUUGGAAAGAAAACCCAGUGAGCCUCUCUUCUGAGCCAUAAAUUCCUGCUUGAGAAAGUACUCCUUAACUCCUUGCUAACAACUCAUUAAGUGUUGGAUGUGCGACAUGACUUGUCAAAAAAUGAAAAAGAUGAUUCCCGGAGGACCAAGUAUUUCCCAACCCCAAUAAAACCUCGCCUUGACACAAAGUGAGGGAAUCCUGACUGUUGAAGCAUCAUACGGAAUUACCUUUUCUUUUGCUUCAAGGAUUCAUUUUGGGGCUCAUAAAACUGAAUGAAACCAACACAACAAAAAAGUAAAUGAACAAUAAUGACAUCGUCAGAAAUGCAUCAGUGAUUAUGAACCAUUACGAGAGGCAUUGGAGGCACACAGAAUUGCGGGGGCGGGGGGGGGGACUCGAUGCACAUUGUAAAGAAAAAAAAAAAUCUGUUUCACAAUCAAGUACACACUGACAACCCAUCGAAAAAGAAGACAAUGCUUGGUCCACAACAGCAGGACAUAAAGGACUUAAAGUAAUAAUGAAUAAAUACCCCUUUUCCUUUCACAAUGUUCAUCAUCUAAAUUUUGGGAGAGGGUAAAGUUCAAAAUGAUCUAUGAGAUAAAUAAAAAUUAUUGAUUUAGUUUUUUAGUACUUUAUUAUACAGCUGAUGUGCUUUUUUUGAACUGUGUGAAUUUCCUUUUUUUACACAAAUUUAUCGCUUGGAAGAAGUGAUAAAAACGUAUUUACGUAAAUGUUAAUUUUUUUUUAAAGCUGUAGAACUGUUCUGACGUAUGUGCUAUUUUGCAGAGAAUCUCUUUGCUUUUUUAAUUUUUUUCCCCUAAUUUUGUUGCACUUAGUGCACAGAACGGAAUUCACACUACCAAAAUGUAAGUUUGUUCAGGAGGUUUUUUUGUUUUGUUUUUUUUUUUCUGUUUUUGUUUCUGUCCAUGAUCACAUACAUGGUAACUUAAUUAAUCCCAUAAGAUAAACUGGGGCUUUGUGGAAUCAACAGGGAUGAGCAAAGUAUGAAGUUGCUGCUACCGAUUAUCUUAGUUCUUCCAUGUUAGAAGGGUGAUAAGAGAGAACCUGAUGAAUUGGAAAA